CACUCUAGAGCAAUGGGGCGACAGAAGCUGGCCAUGGGCUGGGCCAUUGCAGCCCUCUUGCUGCUGCAGAUGGCCUUGGUAGAACCCUCACUUCAUGGCCUGGGAAGCAAGGCUGGGGUGUUCGCAGACCUGAGCAACCAAGAAUUGAAGGCCGUGCACAACUUCUUAUGGUCUAGAAAGGAGUUAGAGUUGCAACCCUGCAGCGCACCGACCCUAGCCAAGAAUUCCGUGUUUCUCAUCGAGAUGUUGUUGCCCAAAAAGCAUAAUGUGCUGAAAUUUCUAGAUAAAGGUGGAAAACAGCCUGUUCGGGAAGCUAGAGCCAUCAUCUUCUUUGGAGCCCAGGAGCACCCCAAUAUCACAGAGUUUGCUGUGGGUCCCCUACCAUCACCCUACUACAUGCGGGCGCUGCCCCCAAGGCACCAGCCAUCUUGGGCCUCCAGGCCCAUCUCUGCUGUAGAGUAUGCCCUGCUCCACCACAUGCUACAGGAGGCCACGAAGCCCCUGAACCGUUUUUUCCUUGAUACCACUGGCUUCUCAUACCAAGACUGCCACAACCGAUGCCUGACCUUCACUGACGUGUCCCCCCGGGGCUUUGCAUCUGGCCAGCGCCGCAGCUGGCUGAUCUUGCAGCGCUUUGUGGAAGGCUUCUUCUUGCAUCCCACAGGGUUAGAGCUGCUGGUGGAUCAUGGGAGCACAGAUACUCAGCACUGGACGGUCGAGCAGGUCUGGUACAACGGAAAGUUCUACAAAAGCCCAGAGGAAUUGGCUCAGAAGUAUGCAGAUGGGGAGGUGGAUGUGGUGAUCCUGGAGGGUCCAACGCCCAGUGCCCCUGGGGCCGAGAGCACAGAGGAGCCACCCCUCUUCUCCUCCUACAAGCUCCGUGGAGACUUUCCAACUCCCACCAAUGUGAGCGGCCCCCGCCUGGUUCAGCCAAACGGCCCGCGCUACAGGCUGGAGGGCAGUGCCGUGCAGUAUGGGGGCUGGAGUUUUGCCUUUCGGCUGCGCUCCUCCUCAGGGCUGCAGGUCCUGAAUGUGCACUUUGGAGGUGAACGUGUAGCCUAUGAGGUCAGCGUGCAAGAGGCCGUGGCGCUAUAUGGAGGACACACACCUGCAGGCAUGCAGACCAAGUACAUGGAUGUGGGCUGGGGCCUGGGCAGUGUCACUCAUGAGUUAGCUCCUGGUAUCGACUGCCCAGAAUCUGCCACCUUCCUGGACACUUUCCACUAUUACGAUGCUGAUGACCCCGUCUACUACCCCCGAGCCCUCUGCCUCUUUGAGAUGCCCACAGGGGUACCCCUCCGGAGGCACUUUGACUCCAACUUCAGUGGUGGCUUCAACUUUUAUGCAGGGCUGAAAGGCCAGGCACUGGUGCUGCGGACGACAUCAACUGUCUACAAUUACGAUUACAUUUGGGACUUCAUCUUCUACCCCAAUGGGGUGCUGGAAGCCAAGAUGCAUGCCACCGGCUACGUCCAUGCCACCUUCUACACCCCUGAGGGGCUGCGCUAUGGCUCGCGCCUGCACACCCACCUGCUCGGCAACAUCCACACUCACUUGGUGCACUAUCGUGUCGACCUGGAUGUGGCAGGUACCAAGAACAACUUCCAGACCCUGCACAUGGAGCUGGAGAACAUCACCAUCCCCUGGAGCCCAGAGCACCACCUGGUCCAGCCCACUCUCAAGGAAAAGCAGUACUUCCGGGAGCGCCAGGCAGCUUUCCGCUUCGGACAGACUCUGCCCAAGUAUCUACUCUUUUCUAGCCCCAAGGAGAAUCGCUGGGGCCACAAGCGCAGCUACCGCCUGCAGAUCCACUCCAUGGCUGACCAAGUACUGCCCCCAGGCUGGCAAGAGGAGCAAGCUGUCACCUGGGCCAGGUACCCACUGGCCGUGACCAAGUACCGGGAGUCCGAGCAUUGCAGCAGCAGCAUCUACAACCAGAACGAUCCCUGGGAUCCCCCUGUGGUCUUUGAGGAGUUUCUACGCAACAAUGAGAACAUUAAUCAUGAGGACCUCGUGGCCUGGGUGACCGUGGGCUUCCUGCACAUCCCCCACUCAGAGGACAUCCCCAACACAUCCACACCUGGGAACUCCGUGGGCUUCCUGCUCCGGCCCUUCAACUUCUUUCCAGAAGACCCUUCCGUGGCAUCUAGAGACACCGUGAUCGUGUGGCCUCGGGAUGAGGGCCCCAACUAUGUCCAGCGCUGGCUCCCUGAGGACAAGGGCUGCUCGAUGCCCACCCCCUUUUCCUUCAAUGGGACUUACAGGCCUGUGUGA